CCCUCAUUGACGCAACCUGCAGUGUAAAAACCACCAUGGCGCUCUGCAAGAGAGGGGUCCAAUGCUGUGUUACAAGGAUAAUACGAUGCAGUUAUCCAUUUCAAGGGGUCUCAACCGUGUCGAUGUACACUCCAAUGUUAGGCUACUCAAGACUAAGGUACUGAAUAACUCGAACAUUACCUAGCGUAGAUGUUACUGAAAGAUGGAGAGUAGCUAGCCUACUCGAAAUGCUGUUGGUCAUUCUCUUUAGUCCUUCUAGCUAGGGCUAGUCAUUCUAAUGUUGCAAGCACACGAAAUAAACAAUGUAGCUAACAGCAUUGGCACGCAGCCUUCUCUUGUCUUAAACGCAGGGCAGUUUCUGGGGUGUUUUGGUGGUCGGUACUAGCUUCUAUAGCAACAAAGGCAUAAACACCGGCUAUUUAUAUCUAAUUAAAAUUUGAUUUUAAACCUAACCUUAACCGCACUGCUAACCUUAUGGCUAAACCUUAUUAAGACCAAAAAGUAUAUAUUUUUUAUGUGCUAAUUUUGUGUAUGUGGAAUCGGACUUUGUGGCUAUAGAAGCCAUUUUGGUAAACGCUAUUUUUAUUUGGGGGUGGGGCUUCGCCAUGGGGCAUAGAAAACAUUUUGCAGUUUCAAAGCAAAUUUCCUGCAGUUCUACACAUUUUGCCAUGGGAUGAAGAGAAAUGUGCCGACUUGAAGCUAAUAUCCUGCAUUCUACACGUUUUGCCAUGACUUAUGCCAUGUUAUUAUGAUAUGUGAGUGAAAGUGACUAACAAAAUCAAUGGGGGCUCCUUGGAGGUCAAGGCCCCUGGGCACGUGCCGUGCCUUGCGUAUGAUUACUACAAGGUUUAGAUUGCUAGGUAAAUUAGUCUAGCCAGCUAUCUAUAAAAUGUUAGCUGACAUGGGCUAAUUGAGUGACUAUCAGUGACUAACGAGGAACAGACAGUUAGUCGCUUAUGCCUGAAAAUAGCACUGCUUAAACGGUAUCAAUGUAACCAAAUACAUUUGCCUUCCUGUAACCUUACUUUGUAUCUGUUACUUUUAUAUUUGUUGAUUUCCAGCACUAUGCCAAUACCUACAGUACCAGUCAAAAGUUUGGACACACCUACUCAUUCCAGGGUUUUUCUUUUCUUUUUACUAUUUUCUACAUUGUAGAAUAAUAGUGAAGACAUCAAAACUAUGAAAUAACACAUGUAGGAACCCAAAAAGUGUUAAACAAAUCAAAAUAUAUUUUAUAUUUGAGAUUCUUCAAAUAGCCACCCUUUUCCUUUAUGACUUUGAGUGGCGCAGUGGUCUAAGGCACUGCAUCGCAGUGCUAGCUGUGCCACUAGAGAUCCUGGUUCGAGUCCAGGCUCUGUCGCAGCCGGCCGCGACCGGGAGACCCAUGGGUGGCGCACAAUUGGUCCAGCGUCAUCCAAGGUAGGGGAGGGUUUGGCCGGCAGGGAUGUGGGUUCGUUUCCCACGGGGGGCCAGUAUGAAGAAAAAAAACGUCGCUCUGGAUAAGAGCGUCUGCUAAAUGACUAAAAUGUAAAUGUAAUGACAGCUUUGCACACUCUUGGCAUUCUCUCAACCAGCUUCAUGAGGUAGUCACCUGGAAUGCAUUUCAAUUAACAGGUGUGCCUUCUUAAAAAUUAAUUUGUGUAAUUUCUUUCCUUCUUAAUGUGUUUGAGCCAAUCAGAUGUGUUGUGACAAGGUAGGGGUGGUGUACAGAAGAUAGCCCAAUUUGGUAAAAGACCAAGUCCAUAUUAUGGCAAGAACAGCUCAAAUAAGCAGAGAAACGACAGUCCAUCAUUACUUUAAGACAUGAAGGUCAGUCACUCCGGAAAAUUUCUUAAAGUGCAGUCGCAAAAACCGUCGAGCGCUAUGAUGAAACUCUCUCAUGAGGACCGCCGCAGGAAAGGAAGACAUUUACAUUUUAGUCAUUUAGCAGACGCUCUUAUCCAGAGCGACUUAGUUAAUGCAUACAUUUUCAUACUGGCCCCCCGUGGGAAACUAACCCACAACCCUGGCGUUGCAAGCGCCAUGCUCUACCAACUGAGCUACAGUUACCUCUGCUGCUGAAGAUACGUUCAUUAGAGUUAACUGCACCUCAGAUUGCAGCCCAAAUAAAUGCUUCACAGAAUUCAAGUAACAGACACAUCUUAACAUCAACUGUUCAGAGGAGACUGCGUGAAUCAGGCCUUCAUGGUCGAAUUGCUGCAAAGAAGCCACUACUGAAGGACACCAAUAAGAAGAAGAGACUUGCUUGGGCCAAGAAACACGAGCAAUGGACAUUAGACCGGUGGAAAUCUGUCCUUUGGUCUGAUGAGUCCAAAUGUGAGAUUUUUGGUUCUAACCGCUGUGUCUUUGUGAGACGCAGAGUAGGUGAAUUGAUGAUCUCCUCGUGUGGUUCCCACCGUGAAGCAUGGAGGAGGAGGUGUGGGGGUGCUUUGCUGGUGACACUGUCAGUGAUUUAUUUAGAAUUCAAGACACACUUAACCAGCAUGGCUACCACAGCAUUCUGCAGCGAUACACCAUCCCAUCUGGUUUGCUCUUAGUGGGACGAUCAUUUGUUUUUCAACAGAACAAUGAUCCAAAAUAAUAAUAAUAAUAUGCCAUUUAGCAGAUGCUUUUAUCCAAAGCGACUUAGUCAUGUGUGCAUACAUUUUUACGUAUGGGUGGUCCCGGGGAUCGAACCCACUACCUUGGCGUUACAAGCGCCAUGCUCUACCAAUUGAGCUACAGAGGACCACAAACCACACUUCCAGGCUGUGUAAGAGCUAUUUGACCAAGAAGGAGAGCGAUGGAGUGCUGCAUCAGAUGACCUGGCCUCAACAAUCACCCGACCUCAACCCAAUUGGGAUGAGUUGGACUGCAGAAUGAAGGAAAAGCAGCCAACAAGUGCUCAGCAUAUGUGGGAACUCCUUCAAGACUUUUGGAAAAGCAUUCCUCAUGAAGCUGGUUGAGAGAAUGCCAAGGGUGUGCAAAGCUGUCAUCAAGGCAAAGGGUGGCUAUUUGAAGAAUUUCAAAUAUAACAUAUUUUGAUUUGUUUAACACUUUUUUGGUUACUACAGUCGUGGUCAAACGUUUUGAGAAUGACACAAAUACUAAUUUUCACAAAGUCUGCUGCCUCAGUUUUGAUGAUGGCAAUUUGCAUAUCCUCCAGAAUGUCAUGAAGAGUGACCAGUUUAAUUGCAAUUAAUUGCAAAGUCCCUCUUUUCCAUGAAAAUGAACUUAAUCCCCCAAAAAACUUUUCCACUGCAUUUCAGCCCUGCCACAAAAGGACCAGCUGCCAUCGUGUCAGUGAUUCUCUCGUUAACACAGGUGAGAGUGUUGACGAGGACAAGGCUGGAGAUCACUCUGUCAUGCUGAUUGAGUUAGAAUAACAGACUGGAAGUUUUAAAAGGAGGGUGGUGCUUGAAAUCAUUGUUCUUCCUCUGUUAACCAUGGUUACCUGCAAGGAAACACAUGCCGUCAUCGUUGCUUUGCACAAAAAGGGCUUCACAGGCAAGGAUAUUGCUACUAGUAAGAUUGCACCUAAAUCAACCAUUUAUCGGAUCAUCAAGAACUUCAAGGAGAGCGGUUCAAUUGUUGUGAAGAAGGCUUCAGGGCGCUCAAGAAAGUCCAGCAAGCGCCAGGACCAUCUCCUAAAGUUGAUUCAGCUGAGGGAUCGGGGCACCACCAGUGCAGAGCUUGCUCAGGAAUGGCAGCAGGAAGGUGUGAGUGCAUCUGCACGCACAGUGAGGCGAAGACAUUUGGAGGAUGGCCUGGUGUCAAGAAGGGUAGCAAAGAAGCCACUUCUCUCCAGGAAAAACAUCAGGGACAGACUGAUAUUCUGCAAAAGGUACAGGGAUUCGACUGCUGAGGACUGGGGUAAAGUCAUUUUCUCUGAUGAAUCCCCUUUCCGAUUGUUUGGGGCAUCCGGAAAACACCUUGUCCGGAGAAGACCAGGUGAGCGCUACCAUCAGUCCUGUGUCAUGCCAACAGUAAAGCAUCCUGAGACCAUUCAUGUGUGGGGGGUUGCUUCUCAGCCAAGGGAGUGGGCUCACUCACAAUUUUGCCUAAGAACACAGCCAUGAAUAAAGAAUGGUACCAACACAUCCUCCGAGAGCAACUUCGCCCAACCAUCCAAGAACAGUUUGGUGACGACCAAUGCCUUUUCCAGCAUGAUGGAGAACCUGGCCAUAAGGCAAAAGUGAUAACUAAGUGGCUCUGGGAACAAAACAUCGACAUUUUGGGUCCAUGGCCAGGAAACUCCCCAGACCUUAAUCCCAUUGAGAACUUGUGGUCGAUCCUCAAGAGGCGGGUGGACAGACAAACAACCCACAAAUUCUGACAAACUCCAAGCAUUGAUUAUGCAAGAAUGGGCUGCCAUCAAUCAGGAUGUGGCCCAGAAGUUAAUUGACAGCAUGCCAGGGCGGUUUGCAGAGGUCUUGAAAAAGAUGGGUCAACAUUGACUCUUUGCAUGAACUUAAUGUAAUUGUCAAUAAAAGCCUUUGAUACUUAUGGAAUGCUUGUGAUUUAUACUUCAGUAUUCCAUAGUAACAUUUGACAAAAAUAUCUCAUAAGCAGCGAACUUUGAAGACCAAUACUUGUCAUUCUCAACUUUUGACCACGACUGUACAUGAUUCCAUAUGUGUUAUUUCAUAGUUUUGAUGUCUUCACUAUUAUUCUACAAUUGUAGAAAAUAGUACAAAUAAAGAAAAACCCUUGAAUGACUGGUCGGCGGCUGGUGCAAGUGAAAGAGCAAAGACCACUUUGUCAGUCAGCAAAGUCAUCAUAUUUCACAACAUACAACCACAUCCAAAGUGUUCAUUCUUUCCUUGAUUUUAAGGGGAAAUUAGUGGGUUAAAACAGUGUCAAUAGGGAUUGAAAGUAAAUCUGCAAUCCUCCUGCAGGCUACCACAAAUUAUGCUGCAUCCAGAGGUUAUGCUGGCUAUUGUCAACAGAAAUCUAUUACAUUUCCACUGAAACCCUAUAGGCCUAGGUGUCCCAAACUAAACUCUUCCCUGUCCUCAUACAACUACAAAACAUCACAUGGGAUAUAUACAAAAACAUAAUCUUGAAACCGAGAACCAAAUUAUUGUAUGAACACUGGGAUGAUGUGUGGAGAGACUUACACAAUGUCACAAGGUUUUUUUAUUGUAAUUUGUGUCUCUGAAUCUGAUAUCCUGUUCUCUUCUACAGUGUAUUAUCUUGCAGGCACUACUCGUUAUCUCAGGGCAGACUAGGCAUAUUUCAGAGAGCCAGUGAGAGGUAUGAGAAAUUCCUCGAGCAUCGAUUACCCCGCCUCUACAUCCUUUAUACCACCUUUGUGAAAGGUAAGUACUCCCUAACCAAAACAACACCCUCUAAUGCCUAACUGACAACUUCUCAUGAGCAGCUCCAGGGAGGGGGUUGACGGUGCUGAAGCACCCUCAAAAACAGGCUUAGCACCCCCAAGUAAUAAUGUAUUAUUACUUAUGUGCAUAGGUUGCAAGCACCCCUACGCAACAACCAAGCUACCCCUUAGCUAACUCAGUGCAACUUCUCCAUAGCCAGUCUACAGCUGUAACAUUUUCCUGUUGGAAUUGGAUAGCUCCUUUCCCUCUAUAUUGUGCUGCCAAAUGUGUAUUUGUGUUUUUCUUUGAGGCAAUACCAUGAAGCAUUUUUGCAAUGUGUUUUUGUGUUGUAGGAUUUCGGCUCAUGGUGCACGAUGUGAGGGAAACAAGGAGGAUAAGGAUGAAAAUGCUCACUCAAGAUGUUUCACUCAAAGAGCUGCCCUACCGCGAGAUGGAGACAAUCAUUCUGGUCAGUGAGUCACAUGUUGCACUUCCACCCUGGCAGCCAUACAUUUUGUGCAGUAGACACCUUGGUUGUGUCCCAAAUGGCACCCUAUUCCCUACAUAGUGCACUACGUUUGACAGGGCCUCUAGGCAAAAGUAGUGCACUAUAUAGGGAAUAGGUGUCAUUUGGGAUGCAAAUACCGUGGAGGCAGUUUGACAGUCAUAAACUCUACAGCAAACUUGAUAAAAUAUUCAAAUGUAAUGCUCUCUCUCUCUUUCUGUCUGUACGUCUUUCUCUAUCUUAAUCUUGCAGUUUCGCAAAGACAUGAUAAAAGCCAUUCCCCUGGUGAUAAUCUCUAUCCCGCCUUUUGCCAUCAUUUUGGUUUUCACUCUUAUGUGAGUUGUUGUGAAUCAACCAACCUGAUAUUGACAAUAUCAAUUGCUAACAGUUUUAAGAGACUAAUUGAAAAGAGUGCAAUUGUAGUCAUUUGUAGGGGAGUCAUAUGCAUGCUUCCAAAAUGGGGGGGGGGGGGUUAUAAAUGGAUGGUGAAUGAUGGGUUACCUCCAACCUCUAAUCUGAUAUGUGUCCCCUCCUCUCCCUCUCCCCUCAUUGGUAGGUGCCUGUUCCCUAGACAGCUCCUGAUUCGUCACCUGUGGACUCCGCAGCAGCAGCAGGACUUCCAGAGGUUGUACCACGAGCAGAGAUGCCGACACCGUGAGAACAUCCUGAAGGGCGUGGCCUGUUCAAUACCUCACAUCAAAGAGUGGACCCUCCGCAGCCACCUGCUCACCCUUAUCAGCAAGGUUCCUCAUUUACCUCUUUAAACUCUGAGCAUGUUUGUUCAUUGAACACAGACAUUUCAAACAGCUGCCAUGCAUUUCUUCUAUUUUAGGCCUAUACUGUAGGUAAUGAUUAAUCACAAUUUUGAAAUGCAUAACCAAAGACUGUCAGUCUAUGUAAAUAUUACAGUUAACUUACUGUACAUCUAAGGAUGAUCCCAGCUAUACAAUUUUGUGUUUACUAAUUAUCAUUACAUACAGUGAGGGGGAAAAGUAUUUGAUCCCCUGCUGAUUUUGUACGUUUGCCCACUGACAAAGAAAUGAUCAGUCUAUAAUUUUAAUGGUAGGUUUAUUUGAACAGUGAGAGACAGAAUAACAACAAAACAAUCCAGAAAAACGCAUGUCAAAAAUGUUAUAAAUUGAUUUGCAUUUUAAUGAGGGAAAUAAGUAUUUGACCCCCUCUAAAUCAGAAAGAUUUCUGGCUCCCAGGUGUCUUUUAUACGGGUAAUGAGCUGAGAUUAGGAGCACACUCUUAAAGGGAGUGCUCCUAAUCUCAGCUUGUUACCUUUAUAAAAGACACCUGUCCACAGACGCAAUCAAUCAAUCAGAUUCCAAACUCUCCACUAUGGCCAAGACCACAGAGCUCUCCAAGGAUGUUAGGGACAAUAUUGUAGACCUACACAAGGCUGGAAUGGGCUACAAGACCAUUGCCAAGCAGCUUGGUGAGAAGGUGACAACAGUUGGUGCGAUUAUUUGCAAAUGGAAGAAACACAGAAUAACUGUAAAUCUCCAUCGGCCUGGGGCUCCAUGCAAGAUCUCACCUCAUGGAGAUGCAAUGAUCAUGAGAACGGUGAGGAAUCAGCCCAGAACUACACGGGAGGAUCUUGUCAAUGAUCUCAAGGCAGCUGGGACCAUAGUCACCAAGAAAACAAUUUGUAACACACUACGCCGUGAAGGACUGAAAUCCUGCAGCGCCCGCAAGGUCCCCCUGCUCAAGAAAGCACAUAUAGAGGGCCGUCUGAAGUUUGCCAAUGAACAUCUGAAUGAUUCAGAGGAGAACUGGGUAAAAGUGUUGUGGUCAGAUGAGACCAAAAUCAAGCUCUUUGGCAUCAACUCAACUCACCGUGUUUGGAGGAGGAGGAAUGCUGCCUAUGACCCCAAGAACACCAUCCCCACCGUCAAACAUGGAGGUGGAAACAUUAUGCUUUGGGGGUGUUUUUCUGCUAAGGGGACAGGACAACUUCACCGCAUCAAAGGGACGAUGGAUGGGGCCAUGUACCGUCAAAUCUUGGGUGAGAACCUCCUUCCCUCAGCCAGGGCAUUGAAAAUGGGUCGUGGAUGGGUAUUCCAGCAUGACAAUGACCCAAAACACACGGCCAAGGCAACAAAGGAGUGGCUCAAGAAGAAGCACAUUAAGGUCCUGGAGUGGCCUAGCCAGUCUCCAGACCUUAAUCCCAUAGAAAAUCUGUGGAGGGAGCUGAAGGUUCGAGUUGCCAAACGUCAGCCUCGAAACCUUAAUGACUUGGAGAAGAUCUACAAAGAGGAGUGGAACAAAAUCCCUCCUGAGAUGUGUGCAAACCUGGUGGCCAACUACAAGAAACAUCUGACCUCUGUGAUUGCCAACAAGGGUUUUGCCACCAAGUACUAAGUCAUGUUUUGCAGAGGGGUCAAAUACUUAUUUCCCUCAUUAAAAUGCAAAUCAAUUUAUAACAUUUUUGACAUGCGUUUUUCUGGAUUUUUUUGUUGUUAUACUGUCUCUCACUGUUCAAAUAAACCUACCAUUUAAAAUUAUAGACUGAUCAUGUCUUUGUCAGUGGGCAAACGUACAAAAUCAGCAGGGGAUUGUGUUAAUGGCUAAAGGGAAAGCUCCACACCCAUAUCAUGCUAAUAAUAAUACAGUGUGGUGACUUCCCACACCAGCAAUUAGUUGAGGCCUUUUGUGAUAUGAAAGAGUACAAGACUGUAAGUGGAUGUUUUGCGUGGCGAAUGCAGUUGAACCUGUCCUGCCUGGUCCAGUUGGUGUGUAUCUGCAGAAUGGGAGGGGCGAUUUGAAAUGUUUGUUAUGCAGGUGCAGAGUGGGGCUCACCCCAGUGUGAAAGACAUCAAUGCAGUGAGGGAUGUGUUUUCCGGACAACCACUGGGAUUAACAGGCAUGGACUCUGGUCAGAUGGUAAGGAUUUUUGGUGUUUAUUUCAGAGUGAGCCUCUGCUUGUAAAGAGCAUCUAAUUUCAUAUCGUUAUGCAAUUAUUUUUUCUAAGAAACUGAAAACUUGCACUUGAAACUUGGAGAGAGCAGGUUAGGAGGGUGAGGGUAAAUGGGUCAUCCCUGUAUAAAUAUAGUUUUGUUUCGUCUGUGUGAAACACAAGGUUCUUUUUAACUCUCUUUGAUUUGUUUGGGGAUUCAAUUCACAUGGAUGACUCAUCUGACAGGUAUUCCUCUCCCUACACUUCCCUUUCUUUCCUAAUCUAUAUUUUUCCCAUGCUUCCUCUUCCCUUUCUUUCCCCCUUCCUAUAUUCUUUCUUUCCUAUCCUCUUCUAAUUAAUCUCUCAGAGGCUGCUGUGCUCCCACCUCUUGCUGAACCCGUGGCUCCCUGGGUUCCUGCUCCGGCGCCGGCUGAGGGCCAAAGCCCUGGACCUGCUUUACUUGGAUCAGGCUCUGGACACACUGGGACAGGGCCAACUCACUGACACAGAGAUUAGAGAGGUCAGCCCCCUCCCCCUCCCCCCCCCCAUAUAAUCCCAUCUCAAGACUGCCAUUUGUAGAUAUAAAUAAAGUCAAAACGGUACUCACUCUCUCUAUACAAUGAGUUGAAACGGAAUAGCAAGUGACAAUCAGAGAAGUCAGGGGCCUCAACACUGUCAUUUAUAGAUUAAAAUCAAAUCAAUUAGCAAAUGCCUUUACCCAAAGCAGAAUUUGUAUUCAGUAGAUGUGGCCGAUGCAGGAAGCAAACCUACAACUAUAUUGUAGCACUAUAUUCUAAAAAAGAGAGCCGUUGGAACUGCUAGCUGAUGCACCAGUGUAUGGUUUAUGGCACAAAAAAUAAACAUACAUUAUAAACUUUGGUAAGACAAAAUAGCAAGGCAAACGUUUUAUCUUAAGUGUGUGAUACGCUACUUCUCUUCCUCCCUCCACUUCUCCAGGCCUGUUACCUGCGGGGGCUCAAUCCCAGUAGCCUCACCACUAGCCAGUGUCGAGAGUGGCUCCUCCAGUGGCUUCAGCUGUCCACCCAGCUCACAGGUCUGACAAGUUUUACUUACAGGCAGACCUAGGUUAAAAUACUAUUUGAAAUAAUUUCAUCUACUUUGUGUUUAAUUGAGCUUGCCUGGCACGAUGGAACCAAUAUAAUUGUCGAUAAAGCGCAAACCCCUCCCGUGGCACUCAAGGCAGGCUAAAGCAAACACUCAAAUAUAUUUGAAAGACUUCAAAAGGUAUUUGAACCCAGAUCUGUUUUACACACAGGGGAUUGCUUGUUGUCCUAUAUAUGACAGCUUGGUUCACAAUGCCAGUUGGUUCUAUACACUCUAUUUUUAUCAUGGCACAUCCUGGCUUUUACAGUGCACCUGCUAUACAGCAUUAUGCUAUUGACCUGGGCCCGGUUUCCCGAUAGCAAUGGAACCUAGGCCUACGAGGGUUUUAACAAUGCAUCGUUCCUACAACAGCCGAAGAUGUAACAUGCGUUUCCCAAAACACAGCGCAGAAAGAACAUUCGUUGGAGCAUGUCGAUACUGAUAGGAUCGAAAGAAAGACAGCGCUGCUCUCAGACCAGCUUUCUCCAUUAAAAUCUAACCUUAACAUUACAAUUAUUCCACAAUAAUGACGACGAAUCAGCUCUUAGAGAGAUACCACCUAUAUGGUUGCAAAUAUUGAGGCAGCUUAUUUUUAUGCUUACCCUAUAAUAAUGUACUUUAUCACAGAUUUGGCACAUCAUUGCGCACAUUUUGUUACACACUUAAAAGAAAAUGGACAGUGUAUAGCCUACAAUUAGCAAAAUAGAACUCAAGUGACUGAACAUUAAAUUGAUUUCAAUAUGAUUUAAAUAUUGGCCUAUGUAGCCUAUACUGUAUUUAUAUUUUAAUGCAGUCAUCUCGGUUUUGAUUUGAGGCAUCUUUUUAUCCUAGUUUGUAACAAUUGCAAAGACAUUGGCAACUUUGUAUUUGUAGUCAACUUCGCUCCGAAGUUAUCGGCGUUCACAGAGAGACGGAUAAACAGCUUCAUUCUACGUUUAGCAGAAUCCUUCUGUGUAUGAAGUGACGGGGGGGGGGGGGAGCAUCUAACGACGCACUUAGCUGUUCUUUAUUUUCCAAUUGUCACUCAUGAAUCUCAGAUUGUAUUCACUAUCCUUGUCUUAUGCUGUGUCCCCUUCUCUGUGCUUUCUAGAAUCAGAGACAUCUCUUCUGCUGCACAACAUGGUCCUGCUCUCAGUAAACUACCCCAGCUCCUGACCAGAGGAACAAAAGCAUGCAGCAGUAACCAGACUAUUUAUUAAUUUGCUCUCAGGCUAGAAAGUCUAAUCUAACAGUGACCAUUGUCAUCUCAUUUUCUUGGGACAGAGAGGGAAAGAAUGAUCCAAACUGGUCAAUUGAUAACGUGGAGAAUCAGUGAUUCAGUGCAUGGAUGACUUUUACUGUGCUGUAUGUCUUAAUCCAUUCCAGUUAAUGGAUGUCACACAUAUGGUUGCAAUCACACAUAUACGACUACGUACAGUUGAAGUCGGAAGUUUAC